UUUUAGUUGCGAUGCAAAGUUAAGAGACAGACACUGAUCUCAAAGGAACUCGGCUCAAGAACAGCAGCUCGCCAAGAUGGCAGACAACACUAGCUAUGUGGACCUUUUCAAGGGGAGCGCCAUGAUCCUCCCCCUCUUUGAGGCAUCUGAGUCACAAUGGAACAGAUAUGGGCGUGCCAUUGCCUAUCUUUUAGGGCUGAGUUACAUGUUUCUUGGAGUGAACAUUAUCGCUGACGUUUUCAUGGCUGCAAUCGAGGUUAUCACAUCUAAAACGAAGCAAAUCAAAAUAGCAACGGCCAAUGCUAACGGUGACAAUGGUGACGACACCGCCAACCAAGGCCCCCAUUUCGAUACAAUUGAAGUAAAGAUUUGGAACGAUACAGUCAGCAAUCUAACACUCAUGGCACUGGGUUCCUCUGCCCCGGAAAUCCUGCUCAGUAUCAUUGAAAUAGUGGGUAACGGGUUUGAACCUGGUGAGCUUGGUCCCGGUACAAUCGUUGGAUCCGCCAGUUUUAACCUCCUCGUCAUUACUGCCAUCUGUAUUUACGUUAUCCCCGACGGUGAAUCAAGGAGAAUCAAGGAGAUCAACGUGUUCGCGUGCACCUCGUUCUUCGCCGUGUUCGCCUACAUCUGGUUGUAUCUGGUCAUUGAGGUGAUCACCCCCAAUGUUAUUGAGAUUUGGGAGGGUAUCGUCACAUUCCUUUUCUUCCCCCUCAUCGUCCUCCUGGCGUUCGCCGCCGACAAGAACUUCUGGAGAAAACAGAUGGAGAUGGACGGAGACUGGAACCAAAUGCAAGAUGUGUUCGCAAAACAGAAAACUGGAAGUGAGGAGGAUGUCAGACAUAUUAUUGAGACGAACGAAAAGGGAGAGAAAGUUGAGAGAUUGAUAAUGGGAAAGAAACAGCUGAAAGACCCCAAGGAAGCAGCAGACAUUGCUACCGCCGAGAUGUUGAGAAGAACUCAUCACUCCCGAGCUUGGUACAGGGUUAUCGCAGGUCGAGCCAACAAGGGAGGAAGCAAGGUUCCAUUCUACAACAAACCAAAGGACGAUGAAGAUCUUGCUGCCAGGGAACCAAGCCGAAACGGUGACAUGACAGUGGCCAGAAUUGAGUUCUCCGCUGCAGCAUACUCUUGCAUGGAAAACGAGGGAACCAUCAAACUGGGGGUUAUUCGAACUGGAAACCUGAACUGCAAAACAACCAUAAAUUACGAAACAUCCGACGGUACAGCCAAUGCUGGUGAGGACUACGUAUCCAAGGCUGGAAUCAUUGAAUUUAUCGAGGGAGAAUACAUCAAGACAGUCGAGAUCGAAAUCAUUGACGACGAUGUCUGGGAAGAGACUGAAACCUUCUUCGUGAGACUGUUCAACCCUUCAAGGGGAACUGAAAUGGACAAGAUCUGCGUCACUCAAGUUUCUAUCAUCAACGAUGAUGAACCGGGUAUACUGCAAUUCCAGAAACCCAGUUAUCUGUACAAGGAAAGCGCGGGAAUGGCUGAGCUGGUUAUUGAACGUAACGACGGAUGUGACGGUAGAGUUACUGUCCGCUUCAAGACUAAGGACAUUACUGCCAUAGCUGGCAAGGACUACGAGGCAGUUACCGAUGGAAUUGCAGUAUUCGAGCAUGGAGAAGUCACAAAGUCCGUCUAUAUUCCGAUUGAGGACGACCCUAGUUUCGAGGACAACGAGACGUUUGAAGUGGCCAUUGUGGAAGCUACCGAUGGAGCUUCCAUCGGCAAACACCGGCGCACAAUAGUCACUAUUCUAAACGACGACGAUUACCAGACCCUGAUCACUCGAGUAGCUAACCUGACUAGUGUCAACCUGGAUAAACUGGUCAUCGGUAAGGAAUCCUGGGCACAGCAGUUCCAGGAGGCUCUCAGUGUAAACGGUGGAAAUGUUGAUGACGCUGAACCUCUUGACUUUAUACUCCAUUUCCUCACUUUCGGAUGGAAGGUAUUGUUCGCCUGCGUGCCCCCAGCUCAUAUUGCUGGAGGAUGGUUGUGUUUCUGUGUAUCUCUUGGAGCCAUUGCUGGAGUAACCGCUAUUAUUGGUGAUAUGGCCAGUAUCCUCGGACAACUGUUGGGAAUCAAGGAUUCUGUCACCGCUAUCACUUUAGUUGCCCUGGGAACCUCCUUGCCGGACACGUUUGCCAGUAAAGUAGCCGCAAUCAACGAAGACUCAGCUGACGCAGCUAUCGGUAACAUCACCGGUUCAAACUCUGUCAACGUCUUCCUCGGUCUGGGCAUCCCAUGGAUCAUCGCCACUCUCUAUAAAUACUUCACAUAUGCUGCAACCGAUCGAAGAAGCAAAUUUAUCGUAACGGACAAAUCACUGCCGUUCACGAUAGCCCUUUAUUCAAUAGCAGCCAUUGCUACUCUAUUAUUAUUAACUUGGAGGAGAUACAGCAUUGCUGCUGGAAAGGCCGAAUUGGGAGGUGAUCCUAAGGUAAAGAAAAUAUGCGCUGCAAUAUGUAUAACCCUCUGGUCGAUAUACAUCAUCUGCGCUUCCCUAUAUGCCUACGAUGUAAUCAAGUUUUAGGACAUAAGCUCCCACUGCACCAAACGCAAUUCAACCGACGUCCACACUACAGCCAUGAUUUUUAUCCAUAGUUUUGUACCGCGUAGCAGGUCAGAUCACCAGACCAGAUGUCCGGACAUAUAACAAGCAGUGUGACACAAACAGUGUGACACUGUACAAACAGUGUGACAGCAGUGUGACAGCAGUGUGACACUGUGUACAGCUCUGUUACCGGGGAUCAUCAUGAUAUUAUAGCCUGGCACAUGGCCCAGACAUUUGUAGAAAGUAUAACAGAUAAGAGGCUCACCACUCUUGGAAUAUGCCAUGUUCUUUUUCUAGAUCUCCUUCUUUUCUUUAGCACUGCAUGUCAAUACAAAUGGGAAAUGCUACUUAUGGUCUGAAAAAAAGAAUUGGGUUGCUCUUCUGUUCAAUAAUUUGUAUCUUGGGGACUGUUCAGAAACCUAGCAACCACUCCUAAAAACAAUACUUGUAACCUAGUAACUCUUCUAGUAACUUGGUUACUAAACUAGUAACCUGGUUACCAGCGCAAUUCAGUCUCCGGAUGUCAGGUUAUUGAGGUACUGAUAUCUCGAAUAAGUGAGGGGUUGUCAAAUAAUGGUCACACAAGAAUAUUGGACAGCAGGUAGCCGAGAGAGAUUUAUCAUUAUUUUUAUCUCCCGACAGGUUUUUAUUUAAAGUGAUCUCUUGACUCCUUGAUUGAUAAGCCGAUUUACCUUGAAGCCAUGCCUCAAUCCUGCGAAUUUUGCUUAGCCAAAAAAUUGCGCAUUUCCAGGUUAAAUGUUCUUUGAGAUUUUUAGCUGUACAGUAUUACACGAUUUAUUUACCACAACAAACGUACGACUGUAGACUGAACCGGCUUAUUGUUGUUCGUGUUUAGCACGUGGAGCAAUAGAUUGGUUGUUUUUUGGUCCAAAGUUUGUCACAGUUAGGGAUGGCAUUUCAAAAUUAUGCCUUUAAAAUAUGCACAAAUGUUAGAGUUAAAAGACGAUGUUUUCGUUGCUGUAAUGAAAUCAAACAUGUUAUAAUUGAUGCGUCAUGAUCUAUUUCUGUCUUGUCGAGUGAACAAAUGUUAGAUAUCUAGUAAACUUAUACGAGAUCAUUGUAGGAAGUUUUAUUGUUUCGCAAAGAAAUGAAGCUUCAUCGUCAUGUAUCAAAAAUAAUGGUUUCUGAUACAGGACCUUGAAGUUUCUAGCUUGCGGAUCGGAGCAGUAUUACUUCCCGGAAUGACUUAAAUAUUAUGAUGGGUUUAAUAAUAUCAGCUGGUAAGAUGCAACGAAUUCCUGCUGGAAAGCAGCAUAAGCAGUUUCUAUAGAUCAGUUGCCAUGGUCUAUAUGAUCAUGAGUUGCGAACUCUGUGGUGACAGCGUGUUGCCAUGGUAACGACUUGUUGUUAUAACUGUUAUUACCAAUUGUCUUCUUAGAGGUAACUGGUUUGAAAGAGGUUGAAGAAAAGUUUAGGAUUAUUUAAGGGCUUCUUUAACAAUUUCAGCUAAACUUUUAUUAAAGCCGGGGUGAUAUUUUAUUUUGGUUUUGUCAUCUCAUCUACCUUUUGUUAACCGUGCUUCAUCUUGAAUUUUUAGAUCCUCUCGGAUUUUCCGGUCUUUGACUUUAUUAGGCUAUAAAACAUGAUAAUUUGUCUUGUCAUUUUUGAAAGUUUUCUGAGAAAGAAUUAGAGGUCAACGAAUAAACGCUUUUUUCCUGUCAGUUUCACGUCUACUUUAUAAUUAGAGUCUAGUUGUGCCUGGCCGGUUGGAUGUUGUAUAUUAAUUACAUGUCCCUCAUAAUUCACUCUUAGCCGUUAUAUUAUAGUUACUAUUUGAAGACAAGA